CUUCCUCCGGCGCAGGCCUGCCUGCUGCCUGCCUGCCUGCUCCACGGCUCCUGCUCCGCGCCGGCCAGCGGAGGGAAGGACCCCCAGCUCCGCCACCCGGCGCUGUCUCUUUGAAGAACCCAAGUGGGCUGCCUCUGGACCAUGACAGCAAACAUCCUAUGAGAAGCUUUUUCAGAAAUAUAUUCAGUUAUUUGGCUACGGCACUGUGAAUUGUAUUGGUCUCCGAGGCUUGCCUCGCUCAAGUACUCAACAUGGAGCCAUUGUUACCCAGAGGAAAGUGCCUCACAGACUUGAAAAGACUCUUUUUGCUGUCACUAGUGUUAGUAUAUCUGAUAGCUUUGGUUUCUCCGGAUCAAGACUACUACGGUUUACUCGGAAUAUCCAAAGAAGCAACAAGUAGAGAAAUAAGGCAGGCUUUCAAAAAAUUAGCGUUGAAGUUGCAUCCUGAUAAGAAUCAAAAUGAUCCAGAGGCCCACGAAAACUUCCUGAAAAUAAACAGAGCAUACGAAGUGCUAAAAGACGAAGAUCUGCGAAAGAAAUAUGACAAAUACGGCGAGAAAGGUCUGGACGACCAGCAGCAAGGAGGCAGAUAUGAGAGCUGGCACUACUAUCGCUACGAUUUUGGUAUUUAUGAUGAUGAUCCUGAAAUUAUAACGCUGGACAGAGGAGAAUUUGAUGCUGCUGUUACUUCAGGAGAAUUGUGGUUUAUCAAUUUCUAUUCCCCUCGAUGCUCCCAUUGCCAUGAUUUAGCACCGACGUGGAGAGAAUUUGCUAAAGAAAUGGAUGGAUUAAUACGUAUCGGAGCCGUCAACUGUGGCGAUAACAGAAUGCUUUGCCGGAAUAAAGGAAUCAAUAGCUACCCAAGCCUGUAUGUGUUUAAAACCGGAAUGAACCCAGUGAAAUAUUUUGGAGACAGGUCCAAGGAGAGCUUAAUGAGUUUUGCCAUGCAGUUUGUCACAAGCACAGUGACAGAAUUAUGGGCAGGAAAUUUUGUCAGUGCUGUUCAAACUGCAUUUGCUUCUGGCGUUGGCUGGUUAAUAACUUUUUGUGCUGAGCAAGGAGAUUGUCUGACUUCCCGAACACGCCUUAAACUGGCUGGCAUGUUGGAAGGCCUUGUUAAUGUAGGCUGGAUGGACUGUGCCACCCAGGGUGAGCUUUGUGAUAAUUUGGAUAUCUCAACUAGCACUACCGCAUUCUUUCCGCCCGGAGCCACUUUAACUAAUAAAGAGAGAGGAGGUGUUUUGUUCCUGAACACUUUGGACGCAAGAGAGAUAUAUUUGGAAGUCAUGCAGCACCUUCCAGAUUUUCAAAUGAUCUCAGCAUCUUCAUUACAGGAUCACCUUGCCCAUCACCGAUGGCUGAUCUUCUUUCAGUUUGGUGAGACUGGCAAGUCAGAUGACCAUGACCUUAAAAAACUAAGUUACCUCCUUAAAGCAGAAAAUAUUCAGGUUGGCAAGUUUGACUGCCUUUCUGCCCCAAACGUUUGUAAUGAUUUGUAUGUUUAUCAGCCGUGCGUCGUAGUCUUUAAAGGAAGGGGAAUAAACGACUAUGAAAUUCACCACGGAAAGAAGAUUCUGUACGACAUAGUGGCUUUUGCCAAGGAAAGCGUGAAUUCCCAUGUCGUCACUCUUGGGCCUCAGAAUUUUCCUGGCAAGGAGAAGGACCCAUGGCUUGUUGACUUCUUUGCACCUUGGUGCCCCCCUUGUCGAGCUUUGCUGCCGGAACUGAGGAAAGCAUCAAAGCAACUCUAUGGUCAACUGAAAUUUGGCACGCUAGACUGUACAGUUCAUGAAGGGAUUUGCAACAUGCACAACAUUAGAGCUUACCCAACAACGGUGGUAUUCAACCAGUCUCACACUCACGAAUACGAGGGGCAUCACUCUUCUGAGCAGAUCCUGGAGUUUAUUGAGGAUCUCAUGAACCCGUCAGUAGUUUCUCUCACACCCGAGACCUUCAGUGAGUUGGUGAAGAAGAAGAAGGCUAACGAAAUCUGGAUGGUUGAUUUCUAUGCUCCGUGGUGUGGUCCUUGCCAAGCCUUAAUGCCUGAAUGGAAGAGGAUGGCCAGGUUGCUGAAUGGACUGGUUUCAGUUGGUAGCGUGGACUGCCAAAAAUAUUUCUCCCUUUGUCAUCAAGAAAACAUUCAAGGUUAUCCUGAAAUAAGACUUUUCCCGCAAAAAUCAGCUUCAUCUUAUCAGUACUAUAGCUACAACGGCUGGAACAGAGAUGCGCAUUCGCUGAGAAGAUGGGCACUAGGGUAUUUACCUCGGGUGUCUCUGGAUCUGACACCUCAGAGCUUCACCGACAAAGUUCUGAACGGGAAAGAGCAUUGGGUCGUCGACUUUUAUGCUCCCUGGUGCGGCCCUUGUCAAAAUUUUGCUCCGGAAUUUGAGAUCCUAGCUAAGGCUGUUAAAGGGAAAGUGAAAGCUGGGAAAGUUGACUGCCAGGCUUACGCGCAGACGUGUCAAUCUGCUGGCAUCAGAGCCUAUCCAACAGUGAAGUUUUAUCCUUACCAAGGAGCAAAGAAAAAUGCAUUUGGGGAGCACAUAGACAGCCAUGAUGCAAAAGCCAUAGCCGAACUCCUCAUGGAGAAAGUAGAAGAUAUUAAGAAAAAGAGGAAAAAAUCUUCCAGAAACAAGGAUGAACUCUGAGCCGCAGAAUGAAUUCAAACUGAAGCAGUGGCAAUGGAAGUAUUAGAUCAUGCCUCCGCGAAGAGGAUAAAGGAGAACAUCAGGCUUCGUGGACACAGCUUUUAUCUCCUCAAAUGCUGCAAGAAUGUUACGAAGCUUCCCAAGUGCUCAUUUGGAACAGGGGAAGAGACGCUUGUUCCAUGAGUGACAUGCUCACUGGGAGCUUUUCUUUUCUGGUUUUGGACUUGAGACUUGAUCAGUAGUGGAGGAACUGUAGGUUUCCCCCCUGCCCCUUCUCCCAUUCAGUCCUCCCAACCUUUGUCUACAAAACAGUCUUUUCUUGCGUUGAAAAAGAACACUAUAAUUCCCACUUGUGGAACUGAAGGUAUAUAGACUACUCAGCAGCACAGAAACACUAAAACAGCUGCCUCUCUCUUUUCUUCCCGUGGGAAGAAAAAUUGUGGUCUGAACAACUAUUUUACCUCUGGUUAUUGUAGUUAGUGAGCUUUGUCCAGAAUUCACUGGGUGUUAACAUAGGAGUUGAAAGAAGUCCGUUCUUCUUAGCCCACCUACAUUCUAGAAUGUUCCGCAUUACGUCCCGGUUUCUAAGCUGCUUUUGAAGAGCGCUCAAACGGUUGUGAGCAAGCACGAUCGCUUCAGUGCUUGGCAGUCAAAGGGUGGAAUGGGCCUUGUCUGCGUUGGCUCCCCACUUGCGGUCCGCCAGUUGCAUGUGCUAAGCUGUCAUGCACAGGUUUUGACUUUGGAAACACCCUGCAAAUGCUCAGAAGAGCAAUGCGCAGCUGCUUGUAUUUUGUGACAUACAGGCAACUGUAACCAGAAGGUGGCAGUGCGUGCACAAGAUUGCUUGCUAUGGACUGCAGCAGCUGAGAGCCGACCCAAGCAAGACUUUCUUCACUGGCCACCUUAGUGGGGUA